AUGUGUGUGAGGCCAAUAAAGGCCCACCAGCACAUUAACACUCUAUCAACUUUUGAUUUCUUAGGAAGGCUACCUGAGAAUAUCCAGAUGAAGGAAACGACGAGGAGAGUGGAGAAGGCAAAGACAGAGAGAAGGGGAUUCAACGCUCCAGCCAUUAAAACCAGCAAUUAA